AUGUCUCUUCCCCCGGACGGAGUGGAUGGUGGCGCCGGCACUGGCGAUGACUGGUUCCUCGACUGCGGCAUCCUCGACGACCUCCCGGCCGUGGCCUGCGGGGCCUUCUCAUGGGACGCAUCCUCGUCUUCUUCCAACCCCAGCGUGGAAGUGGGCAGCUAUGUGAACACCAAUGAUGUCUUCAAGGAGCCUGGCAGCAAUAAGCGGGAAAAAAUGAGGAGGAACAAGCUGAAUGAUAGGUUCCUUGAAUUGGGGUCUACAUUAGAACCAGGGAAGCCAGUAAAAGUUGACAAAGCUGCUAUCCUAAGUGAUGCUACUCGCAUGGUUAUUCAGCUUCAUUCAGAAGCACAGCAGCUGAAGGAAACUAAUGGUAGCCUUGAAGAAAAGAUCAAAGAACUCAAGUGCACGCACGAGACCGACAAGUGGGUCCCAGUCGUCAGCGACAAGCUAGUGCUGCGCGGACCUGAGGUGCCCACUGACAUGUAG